AUGUUCGUUUCUUCUGUCCAAUUUGGACCAAUCACGUUGUUGGAUUGGUUUUUGGAGCUAUGCAGCCAACAUCCCCGGUCGGGCCCGACAGGCCAACAAGCGUACGAGCGGCUCAAGAUGGUGCUGCAGUUCCACGUGUCCGGACCUGUGAACGGACAAGACAUGGACAAGUACUACCCGCGGCCGGUGCGGUCCGUGGACGCGUUCUUGAACUUUUCCGGGAUUUCCAAGGUGGACGUCAAGUUGGACCGAUGGCAAUGCGAGCAGUUGCAUUGGAUUCCAUUUGAAGCACCCGACAUUGUCGAGGCUUUCUUGCCGGGGUAUACCAUGGCUGGUAAACUCACUGGUACUCGUCAUGAUGACGACGAGCUACACGCGUUGCUGGCCGAGUUGCUGCAAGCGCAAGACCAAGUGGCGACGGAACAGAGCGACUGGCUGCGCCGUAUUCACGAUGCAGUGAGCAACGCGCCAGCCGACGCGAGUGCUGCGUUGUUAACUACAGUGAAGGACACCAUUGCGUCCAGCGACCGUACCAACGCGGCCACAAUCGACCGCCUGAACGCAACAAAUGCAGCUUUAGCCGACCAAGUGCACGCUCUCUUGGCGCGCGUCGAGGAAGUGGACGCGCGCAAUGGCAUGCGAGAGAUGCAAGCGAACACACUCAAGGAAAACAGUGUGUUGGGCGACUACAAAGAAGUGAUGGCGGUGCAAGCGCUGUUCGUCGUCGCCAUGCUCGGCUACUGUGUGUGGAAUGCCCGCCGCGGCCGGUCGUCGUCGUAG